ACUACAAACUACAAUUUUUUGUUGACAGUUGUGACUGGUUUUUGGUUUUUGAUCAACAUAUCAACGAAGAUUUAUUUAUAUAUUUUUUUUCUGACAGUGAUUAAAUAUAUUAUAGUAAAAUAAUUUCAUUAUCGUAGAAUAUUAUUUUUGUAAGGGAAAUUCAAAGGGGCAGGGGGUUAACGUUAAAGUUGAUCCCUUAGGGGUCUUUCAUUUUUUUUUUGUGCCAAUUCAAAAUGAUCACAGAUUCUGGGUGGUGUAAAACGAAAUUGAAUUAAUUUUUCAAUAUUACCAAGAACUUUGCUAGACAAACCAUCAAGCAUUUGAAGUAUCCACUCAACCGUAACUCCUUAAUUUUGAUUUAGGAUUAUAUGUAGAGAGAGAGCUAGCCUUCAAUAUUUAGUCAAAUUGCGAAAAUACAUUUAUAAUAUUAAAAUGAGUCAAGUCGAAGAGAACUCGGACAUUAAGGAAGUCCAAAAUACUCUCCAAUUGAUGAAUCUCAAUACAGAAGGUGAAUCAACAAAUCUGUUGAAAACAGAAAAACAAAAAGUAGACAUUUUACUAAAACCCACAGGAAAUGCUCCAAUUAUGAAAAAGAAAAAAUGGACAGUUGAUAGUGACAAACCAAUUGGAUGGAUUAUCGAAUUUAUUAAGAAAUAUUUGAAAUUAGAAGUUAAUGAAAAACUUUUCCUUUAUGUUAAUCAGAGCUUUGCACCAUCCCCAGAUCAAAUAGUGCGAAACUUAUACGAUUGUUAUAAUAGUGAAGGCACAUUAGUUUUACACUACUGCAAUACACAAGCUUGGGGAUAAUUCAAAAAAUUUGAGUUAAAUAUAUUGAUUCUAAACCUUUAUAUUUGUCUUAUAUAUUUAAUGCAUAAUUUAAUAACUUAUUAAUAUAUAAAUAUUUGUAGUAAAGAAUGAAUAUUGUAUAAUAAUAUAAGUAUAACUUGCUUGAUCAUACUUAUA